AUGGCCAUCUCGAGACUGGUAUCGUGGUUCCCCCACGUCAAGGCGCCCGCCAUCAUCAACGCGCCGAUGCUGGGGUCCGCCGGCGCCGCCAUGGCAACUGAAGUCCACAAAGCCGGUGGUUUCGGUUUCAUCGCCGCGGGCUUCGACUUCUCAGAGUCCUCGGCCCAGAUGACGGACCUAGACAAGGCCCUGACCCAAGCCCGCACCCUCCUCUCACUCCCGGCCGCGGACGGCAACAGCGGCGGCAGCGGCGCGGGGGGACUCCCGCUCGGCGUGGGCUUCAUCACGUCCCACGAGACAGCCGGUCACUUCACGGCCAACGUCCUGCCCAUCCUGGUCCGCCACGGCGUCGCAGCAGCCUGGCUCUUUGCCCCGCAUCCAGAGACCAAACCCCACGGCGAAAUCAUCGCCGCCCUCCGCGGCAAGGGAACGAAAGUCUUUGUGCAGGUCGGCAACGUCGCCGCGGCGCGGGAGGCGGCCGCCGACGGCGCGGACGUCAUCGUCGCGCAAGGGGUCGACGCCGGCGGGCACCAGUUUUCGCGGGGCUGCGGCGUCGUGGCGCUGGUGCCCGAGGUGAAGGCCAUGCUGGCGGCCGAGUUUCCCGACCGGGACGUCGCCGUCGUCGCGGCGGGCGGGAUCGUGGAGGGCAGCGGGGUGGCUGCGGCGUUGGCGCUGGGCGCUGAGGGGGUUGUGCUGGGCACGCGGUUCGUUGCGACGGACGAGGCGAUGAGCGCGCAGUUGCAUAAGGAGGUUAUUGUGAGGACCAAGGACGGCGGGGUGAGUACGUGGAAGUCGGAGUUCCAUGAUCGAUUGGUGGAUAAUAAGUUGUGGAAGGAAGGGUAUGAUGGGAGGGCGAUUGUAGGAGAUAUUCAUCGGGAGUAUCACGCCCUCGGCGGCCAGACGGCGACGGUGGAGGAGAGCCGGGAGAGGUUGCGGACGGGGUGGAGCGAGGAGGAAGGGAAGAAGAUGAUUGGGAAAUGGGCCGGUGCUGGGGUUGGGCUUAUUGAUGAGAUUAAGCCGGCUGGAGUGGUCGUUACUGAGGUGAGAGAGGCUGCGAGGAAGCGGAUUCAAGAGUUGGUUGGGUCGAUUUGA